AUCAUCGGUAUUCACAACACCCAUCUGUGGUUAGGCAUUCUUCAUUUCCGCAAAGCAGAAGGGCAAUAAAAAUGGAAGCCUCGUCAUCCGGAUCUGUUAUAUUACCAUCUCCAACUGGGAAACCAGUUACUCAUCAGCCAGAAGGAAGAGAACAUUGUCAAGGUCAUCAGAUGGAAACACAUAUACCAAUAAGGCUUGAUUCUCAGAAGAGAGAUGUGGACUUCUCAGAAAUUCUUAAUGCUAUACAAGAAAUAGCCAAGGAUGUCAAUAUUUUCUUUGAUGAAUUAGAAGGUGUAACCAGCCCUUCCAAAGAUGAUGAUUCUUUGCUUCACCAUGGUAACUUAACGAGUACUUCAGAGGAUACUAGCAGAUUGGAGGCAGUGGGAGAGGGAAUUCCAGGAAAAAAUAAAUCCAGUGGGUUGUAUUUUAGGGAUGGAAAAUGUCGAAUUGACUACAUCUUGGUAUAUAGAAAAUCCAACCCACAAGCAGAGAAAAGAGAAGUGUUCGAAAGAAAUAUCAGAGCAGAAGGACUUCAAAUGGAGAAAGAGUCAUCUUUAUUGAACAGCGAUAUCAUCUUUGUGAAGUUGCAUGCCCCUUGGGAAGUCCUGGGCAAAUAUGCAGAACUUAUGAAUGUAAGAAUGCCUUUCAGGAGAAAAAUCUAUUACCUGCACCGCCGGUACAAGUUCCUGAACAGGAUUGAGAAACAAUUAAGCAGGUUUCGAGGAUGGUUACCUAGGAAGCCAAUGAGGCUGGACAAGGAAAGACUGCCAGACCUGGAGGAGAACGACUGCUACACUGCCCCAUUCAGUCAGCAAAGGAUUCAUCACUUCAUCAUCCACAACAAAGACACAUUCUUCAACAACGCUACUAGAAGUAGAAUCGUUCAUCAUAUUUUACAGAGAGUGAAAUAUGAAGAAGGAAAAAAUAAAAUUGGUCUGAAUCGAUUGCUUACUAAUGGCUCCUAUGAAGCUGCAUUUCCUCUUCAUGAGGGUAGUUACAGAAGUAAAAAAUCCAUAAGAACCCAUGGGGCUGAAAACCACAGGCAUCUACUUUAUGAGUGCUGGGCUUCGUGGGGAGCUUGGUAUAAAUACCAGCCUUUGGAUCUUGUACGGCGGUAUUUUGGUGAGAAAAUUGGCUUGUACUUUGCCUGGUUAGGCUGGUACACAGGAAUGCUCUUCCCAGCUGCCUUCAUUGGACUGUUUGUCUUUUUGUACGGAGUAGCCACAUUGAACCACUGCCAAGUCAGUAAAGAAGUCUGCCAAGCUACAGAGAUUAUAAUGUGUCCUAUAUGUGAUAAAUACUGCCCCUACAUGAGGUUGUCAGACAGCUGUGUUUAUGCCAAGGUAACACAUCUUUUUGACAAUGGAGCUACUGUCUUUUUUGCUGUUUUCAUGGCUGUGUGGGCAACUCUUUUCCUGGAAUUUUGGAAAAGAAGACGAGCAGUAAUCGGUUAUGACUGGGACUUGAUAGACUGGGAAGAAGAAGAGGAAGAAAUACGGCCCCAGUUUGAAGCCAAGUACUCCAAGAAGGAGAGAAUGAAUCCUAUAUCUGGAAAGCCGGAGCCUUAUCAAGCAUUUGCAGAUAAAUGCAGCAGAAUUAUUGUUUCUGCAUCUGGAAUAUUUUUUAUGAUCUGUGUGGUGAUUGCUGCUGUUUUUGGCAUUGUUAUUUACCGUGUCGUAACUGUCAGCACUUUUGCUACAUUUAAAUGGGCUUUAAUCAGGAAUAAUUCUCAGGUUGCAACUACUGGGACUGCAGUAUGCAUCAACUUUUGCAUUAUCAUGCUACUGAAUCUCUUGUAUGAAAAGGUUGCCCUUUUUCUGACAAAUUUAGAGCAGCCUCGUACUGAGUCUGAGUGGGAGAACAGCUUCACUUUGAAAAUGUUUCUUUUUCAAUUUGUCAAUCUGAACAGCUCUACCUUUUAUAUAGCAUUCUUCCUUGGAAGAUUUACAGGUCACCCUGGUGCCUACUUGAGGCUGAUAAACAGGUGGAGACUGGAAGAGUGCCACCCUAGUGGAUGCCUUAUUGAUCUCUGUAUGCAAAUGGGUAUUAUAAUGGUGCUAAAGCAGACUUUGAACAACUUCAUGGAACUAGGCUACCCGUUAAUUCAGAACUGGUGGACCAGACGAAAAUUGCGGCAUGAGCAUGGUUCGCAGCGAAAAUCAACCUUCCCACAAUGGGAGAAGGACUAUAAUCUUCAGCCUAUGAAUGCCUAUGGACUCUUUGAUGAAUACCUAGAAAUGAUUCUUCAGUUUGGCUUCAUAACCAUCUUUGUGGCAGCUUUUCCACUUGCUCCACUUCUGGCCUUACUUAACAAUGUUAUUGAAAUCCGGCUUGAUGCGUACAAAUUUGUCACCCAGUGGAGACGGCCGUUAGCUUCAAGAGCCAAAGAUAUAGGAAUCUGGUAUGGAAUUUUGGAAGGCAUCGGAAUUCUUUCUGUGAUCACAAAUGCAUUUGUUAUCGCUGUAACUUCAGAUUUCAUCCCCCGGCUCGUUUAUGCUUACAAAUAUGGACCAUGCGCAGGUCAAGGGGAAGCUGGAGAAAAGUGUAUGGUUGGCUACGUUAAUGCAAGUUUAUCAGUGUUUCUAGUGUCUAACUUUGAACAGCGUUCAAAUGGAAGUGAGUUCUCUGGCUCACCAUUAAAAUAUUGCAGGUACAGAGAUUAUCGUGACCCUCCUCAUUCUCCAGUGCCCUAUGGCUACACUCUACAGUUCUGGCAUGUCUUAGCUGCACGGUUGGCUUUUAUUAUUGUUUUUGAGCACCUCGUGUUUUGCAUAAAGCACUUGAUUUCCUAUUUAAUCCCAGACCUUCCCAAAGAUCUGAGGGAUCGUAUGAGAAGAGAAAAAUAUCUGAUCCAGGAAAUGAUGUAUGAAGCAGAACUGGAACGUCUCCAGAAAGAGCGGAAGGAGAGAAAGAAAAAUGGAAAAUCUUAUCACAAUGAGUGGCCAUAACUAAAUUGGGUAGCAGACCUAUUUUCUGUUUGCUUAUUCCAAUUCCACAAGACACUACCUUCAAGAGAAUGAAAAAAGAUGCAACCUCAAUGCAUGCCACAAUUUGACAUAGCAAACAGGGCAAAAUAUUUCAAGGAGUUUACUACUGUGAAAUCAUUUUGCAAUCUGCGUAUGAUUGCUAUUCAUAGACCAUCCUAGACAAAACAAGCAUGCAACUCCAGUUUUUAAGAAACUUGUAUACCGUGGACUAUUUUUCAGCCUGUUUGCUACUUAUUUGCAUUAUGUUCCAUGUCACUUUUUCAACUGUUCAAAUAGUAAAUAUACAUAAAAAUUCUGGAUACUUUAGUGAUGCCUGUUAUAAUAGCAUCUCCCACCAAGGUACAAUGUACAUCAGACACACUGUUUACAUAUCUGGAUAUUUUUUUCUUUUUGGGGGAGAUGUUAUAUAUCAUACCUAUGUAUAAUAUAUAUAAAGUAUAUAGAUUGUUUAUUUGUAAAUAGCAAAAAAUUAAAACUAUGGUGAAGAAUGUCAAAUUUUCACACUUUAAAAAUAUCAUCAACAUAAAGCCAUGUUUAGCGCUUCAAUAAUGUGAUACAAUAAACUUUAAAAUAAA